AGCAAGCAGCAGCAGGCGAAAAGGAUAGCAGCCAUCGAACAUAUGGGAUAUUUUUACCCAUCCCCAACAUCACACAUGGAUAAUUAGUACAGGUCUAAAUUUGAACGACUCCCAAACGAACAGGCUUGCUAGCUUUCAAAUCAGCUGUAUUUGAAGGUCGGAACAAGGAGACAGGCAAUUUAUGUGCGGUUUUUUUUUUGGAGAAAGGAAGACAUUGGAUUUUUACGCGCUCUGUUAAUUCCAGACAUGGGUAUUUAAUCGCAUGAAUUAGUGGCAUUCUGAAAGAGGGAGAGACUGAUAUUUGGAAUUGGUGACCCAACGUUAUUGUGGGCUGUGAAAAGAAUGAUAAAAUGUGCCGGUAGUUUCAACACGGCUUGUGGGGGGAAAGAUGCUAAACCUGCCUGCUCGACUUCUCACUUGGAUUAAACUCGAACUGUGUUGGGAUCUAUGAUGUUGGAUUGGGAACCAUGAACUGGCUGGACGAUUGAAACUUCACAGCCAUCACAGGCCGCUUUUCCAUGUCCAUUGUUCUACGGAAGCCUGCAUGCGUCAGUCCCACUAAAAGGAAAAGAGACCCAUGGCCAAGUGGUUGAGGGAGCACCUGAGUCUGGGCAACGUGGGUCGUCGAGCCAGCGGCCCCCUCUCCCCCACCGCCACCCUGUCCACCGCCACCAAAGCCACCUUGUCCACGUCCACUUCAACGUCCCCCUCUGCCGGCACGGGUCCCCCCCAGCCCCCCACCCCCGACUACACGGAGAGCGAGAUCCUGCGGGCCUACAGGGCACAGAAGGCUCUGGACUUUGAGGACCCCUAUCAAUGCACUGACAGGCGGGAUUCUCCCGGAAGUGACCUCAGCGACGGCGGAGGGUUCGAGUCGUUUGGCGCCACGCUACCCAACGGUCUCCGCGUCAAGGUCGUGUCACCCAAACACAGACUCAUCAAGGUCGACUCGCAGGAGUUUGGUCGCUGCUGUGCCCCUCCUCCCCUCGUCACCACGACGGACCUCGGCACCAUCAUCGCCUUCCAGGAGCAGCCAUCCUCUCCGGUGGUUCCGUCUGCUCCCUCGGCGCUAGACGACUCUGAGGAUUACUCGGACCCCUUUGACGCCCAGCAGCCCCCGGCCCCCCAUCAUCAUCACCAUCAUAACCACCUCCCCGCAUUCAGCCCAGACGCGGCCCACCCUCACCCCCACCGGCCCGGACCCGGCCAGCACACGGCCCACUUCCGCACCACGGCCUUCAGCCCCCUGCCGGCCGCCGGGGACAUACAGAGCGGCAGCUACAUGGAGCCCUUCGAGGCCCAGCGCGUCAUGAACGAGCUGCAGCUGGGUCACCUGCUGUACGACAGCCCCUACGACGAUGAGGAAGACCACCCCCACCCCCAUCUAACAGCCAAUCAAAUCGCCCAACAGCCACUGCCAUCCAAUCAAAAUGCUUACCACAUGCGGGGGCGGAGCCAGCAGCGCAGAGGGGUGGGACCAAGGUAUGAUCAUGAGGAGAGCAACGGAGGGGCGGAGUUUGAGGCAGAGAGGAGCCGCCUCCCACAGGACGACGAGAGGCCAGCGGAGGAGUACGACCAGCCCUGGGAGUGGAAACAGGAGAACAUCUCUAAAGCACUAGCAGCUGUCCAGUUUGAAAGCACCGGAUGUGGUCCAGGCCCGGCUCUGACCCGGGACGACUCGGCCCACUCCCGCUCCCGAUCUGAGAGGCGGGCCCAGCCCCCACGCACCAGCCCCCCCUCCUCCGGUCCCAACACGGCAACGACCAAUAGAAGCCAGUCCUCGGGACCGGGAGCCAAUCGGACACAAGCGCACUCUCCCCAGCUGCUUGGAGAGCGGGUGGACCCCUUUCUGCCCCUGGAGCAGCAAGUGUGGUAUCACGGCACGCUAACGCGAUCGGACGCAGAGUCGUUGCUAACGCUGUGCAAAGAAUGCAGCUACCUCGUCAGGAACAGCCAAUCCAGUCGCAUGGACUACUCCCUCUCUAUCAGGAGUUGCCAUGGUUUCCUGCACAUGAAGUUCUCUCGUGAGGGUGGUCGAGACGGCGUGCGCUACGUGCUCGGGGAGAACUCUCCUCCGUUCCCAUCUAUACCCCAAGUCAUUCACUACUACACCACACACAAGUUGCCCAUACGGGGCGCCGAGCAUCUCAGCCUAUUGUUUCCUGUGGUCGUCCAAACAUUGUAACGCCAUUUUUUUGUAGUUCAAUAGUCACAGCUUAUGAUGGCUUACAAUGGGAGGGAAGACUACAUUUUUUAUAGUCCCAAUAGCAGUGUUUUGUAAUGGGUUUCAAUGGGAGGAAAGGCUACACACUACGCUACCUGAAGAGGCCAUUUUUGUAGUUCAAUAGUGGUCUUUUAUAAUGGAUUUCAAUGGGAGGAAAGACUACAGGCCAGACUACCUGAAGAGGCCAUUGCACCAUGGACUGUAAUCAUUGCGUAGACGCUACUAUUAAAAGAAAAACCUUCAUAAAGAAAUUUACUGGUUGGUGCAGGAGAAUCCACAAGUCCUACUUUUAGCCAUUGUGGCUGCCGAACACUCUUAAAGAAGAGAAAUCUGCCCUCAAACUGCGUCUAUAUUGCCACCAUGUCCAAAAGCAAACACGUUUCGGCCAAAAUAUAAAUAAAUAAUGAGACGCAGUUUGAGUGCGGAUUUUUCUUCCUUAAGUUGAUGCAUUUUAUCGCGUACCCAAAGACUUUAGUUUUUUCCAAGAAGUUGAGCGCGUCCUUUGCUAAAACUUGAUGCCGAACACUCUUCCCUUCACUACUCUUCCCUUCACUACUCUUCCCUUCACUACUCUUCGCUCUGGUCAUUUAAACUUCGUCGCCAUUCACCAACUGCCCAUUUGAGGCGCCAGACAUCGGAGCCUACUGUUUCUCUGUUGUAGUUCAAACAUUGUAAGGAUUGAUGCAUACCUUGUUUUGUUUUUUUAAACAAAAGACAAUGAUGAAUUCUCCUGCAGAUUGAGCCGUUUCCCACGCCUACUGUUCCCCAUUUGUAGUUCAAACAUUAUAAGGACACUUUCAGUUUGUGGAGUAUGGCGUGCUCUUAUCCAGAUAGUUUGUUGGCUUCUUGGGUUUGGGUGCUCUUUAGUCCAAGGUAUAGUACUUCCAGGAUCAAAAAAUGAGAAUAAAUUCUCUGACUAAGGCACUCCAAAUUAAAAUGUCUUUAUUGAUACGACA